CGCGGGGUCGGGGCCCAGGAGCUUCUGAGCCGCCCGGGGCGCCAAGCCAGUGCCUGACAAGGGGGUGGCCUCUGGGUCCGCGCUCUCACCCCGCCCCAACUUCGUCCGUCAGGUCCGGGGGUGCCCGGGGCAUGGACUAGCCUUCCCGCCCCCUGCGGCCCCCGCCGAGAGUCAGCCGCGCCCCUCCGCGCCCUCGCAUCCCUGGCUGCCCAGUCUGGCCUUCCUGGGUCCGGCCCGGCGCCCACCCAUCUGGCGGCUUCAGGGGCUGGGCUCCGGCCCGGAGGUGGCUGCGCCGGCGGCCAAGCCCGGUCCGGGUAUAAAUAGCUCGGUCCGCUGCGGCGGCUGGGGGCGCGGGCUAUAUUUGGUGAGGCUGCUGCAGCCCUCCCCGUGGGGGCGGCCUCCCCGAGGGAGUGGGAGCACGUGCGCUCGGGCCGAGGCGCUUUCCCCGUUCGCGUCACCCUAAACACUCACGGACUCACGCCCGCCCUCGGGCAAUGACUAACAGCCUGCGCCGUGCUCGGACGUGGGGACCGCUUCUAGAGUCAGGCUGGGCUCCCUGGGUUCGCCCUACCUCCCACCCCUUGGCCCCAGUUCGUGGGAAAACCAGGCGCGGCCUUCGGUAACCUCCCAUUUACUAACCCUCGCCUCAGUUUCCGUAUCCUAAAAGUGGGUUGGUCAGGCGCCUCCUCGGGUGUUGGGCCAGUCAAGGGAAGGGGCCGCAGAGUGGAAGUGAAGCCUUGGCUCUGGCCAGGGCUACCGGGGGUGGCUGGAGUCAGUGAGGAACGACGGGGCGGCGUCGGGCCGCUGUCCUCCUCUCUGUCCUAGAGGCAUCGAGCUGCGUGGCCAGGAAGCCUGGGCUGAAAGUGUCCCUCUCCUGGCCAGAGUCAGGCCUGCUGACGGGGGGAAAUGCCAGUUGGCCCCACCCCAGGGCCCAGGGGCUUGUCUACGCUGAGCACAAGAGUGGGUGAUCUUGUGUCUUUUGGGGCCGGGGAGCCCAGGGUCCCAGCUUCACUGCACAGGCCUGGGAAGUCAGGUGGGUGUUGGCCUGAACGUGCUGGGAGGGACAGAAACGGCUCCGCCAGCGUGGUGUGGCGGCUGGGCUGCACUCCCUCAUGGCGGGCAGGAACUGGGAGAGGGGUGCUAGGAGGCCAUGGGGGGUUUCUGCCCCCAGAGGGUCUGAGUACAUAGGGACACUGUCUUGGCAGGUGCAGAGUCUUUCCCCAGGACCCCGUGGUGUGGACAGAGCUUGGGGUAGGAAUCUAGAGGCCUGGUCCCAAGGCAAGCUUGGUAACGACCCUAUGUGACCUUGGACAGGGCCUGCCAUCCAGGCCACCCAGAAAGCCAUGUGGUCCCAGUGAUCAGAGCGGAGUACUUUACUUUGGAGGGCUGGCUUAGUGGUGGGUCCUGGGGUGACCUGGCCACAUGGGGCGGAAAGGCCAGUGCCACUUCCAAGAGUGAAGAGCCAAAUGUGACCUACACGCUGGGCCCCAGCGGGGGGCCUUCUGGCCGGUGGCGCAGAGCCAUUGGAGGUGCCGGGGCGUGGUGCAGGGGCGGGGCGGGAGUAGACAGGGCUGGGGCGUCCUCACAGCGUCUCCAGCCCGAGUCAGCCCCAUCUGUGAAAUGGGCCGCUCCGGGCAGCCGCACGCACAGAACCGCCGGGCCCCUGCCCCGAGACUCGGGAUUCACGAAUCAAAGUGCCCGAGCCCCGAGCCACGCCCACUCGUCCCACCACUGCAGCAAGUGGAGCCGGCCCCGCCCUGUGGCUUCGAGGCCCGACGCCUGGCGCGACUCCCAGCUCUGCUGACUCGGGUGGACCCGCGCGCCCGCAAUUACGGUAGCGUCCGGUAGGGCGCCUACUGCGGGCAAUACGGCGGCUCCUCCUAUGGCGCGGUCACGUCCCCCACGUCCCGCGGCCGGCGGGGCGGGUCAGGUCCGGGCAGAGCAUCCUUCUGUCCCCCUUCUCCCUCCCCGUGUGGGCUCUGCCCAGCCUCCCCUACAAGCGCCGACCCCUGCUCGCAGAACCGGGAAGCCAAAGCCAUCAGGCAAUCGUCCAGCCCCGUCAGGGGCGCACCGAGGAGGGGCCUUUCCCAGCGAGGGUGGAGCUCUGGGCUCCCCCUCAGUCCCCCACCACCCGCCUUCCUGCCUCCUCCGGGUCACCCCUCCCCACGGGUCCCCACGACGCCUGCCGGGAGGCGAUGGCGGGGGAGCCUCCUGACCCGAGUUCCCCUCCAGGCUUGGCUUUCGGACACUGGCUUUAGGGUGGAGGGGCGCAUAGUCCAGGAAUGGGACGAAAUGGCUUCGUGGAGGGACGGCCUUGCGGGGUCCAGGAGGCCUCCGGGGUGGGGGAAGCGGCUCUGGACCAGUUCUGGCUCCCACCGCUUCCCGGCCCCAGGGUGGUGACCUCAGCUUGCAGAGAAGGGGGUUCCAAGCUCUGAGACCCCGCAGUGGCGGCACAGGCAGCCUCCUUUUUCCACGUGGGACUUGCGCCCAGCAACCCUUGGGGCACCAGUUGGGGGGCUCCUGGCCCUGGCCCUGGGAGGAAGUGGCCAAUUUGCAAAUAAGGCCUAUGUGUCUGCCCCACCGGUCCCUGCCGUCAUGAUGUAAGUGGACACAGUGGCAAGGCACAGGCAUGCGCAGGAGUCUGAGAUGGGGCACAGGACCCAGGCCUGUGCAGCCCCUUGUCCAGCGUCCACUCCCUGACAGCUCGGCCCCCCACACCUUUGCGGGUGGCUGGGCCUGGGCUGCAGGGAGGGGCUGGUGCUCCUUCCUUAUUUGCACAAGGGGAAGAAGAACUCAGGGAGGCCCCUCCCUGGUACAGUGCCCUCCCGCCCUCCCGGCACCCCUUGCCAAUCCUGAGCUAGCCGAAGGGUGGGGGAGGGGGCUGCUUCUUUGGUCCUCAGCAGCUCCCAGGGAUCCAGGAAGGAAAGAAAUUGCCCUUUUCCUGCCCCGCCUCCUGCCUGGGCCACAAAGGCAGGGCCAAGGCCCAUCCUUCAAAGGCUGGAGUCAGUUAGGUAAGAGGCCACUGCCCUGGGGCUCAGGCCACUGUACAGACCCUGACAACAGGCUGACAGUCCAGCAGAGGCCUCAGUGAGGUGGUGGUGCUGCUUGAAGACCUGAGGACCUAAGAGGGUGAGGCGGAACCAGCCCUCCUCGCCAUGGGAGGGGCUGUGGUGGACGAGGGCCCCACUGGCGUCAAGGCCCCCGACGGUGGCUGGGGCUGGGCCGUGCUCUUUGGCUGCUUCGUCAUCACUGGCUUCUCCUACGCCUUCCCCAAGGCCGUCAGUGUCUUCUUCAAGGAGCUGAUGCGGGAGUUUGGGAUCGGCUACAGCGACACAGCCUGGAUCUCCUCCAUCCUGCUGGCCAUGCUCUAUGGGACAGGCCCACUCUGCAGCGUGUGUGUGAACCGCUUUGGCUGCCGGCCCGUCAUGCUUGUGGGGGGCCUCUUCGCGUCCCUGGGCAUGGUGGCUGCCACCUUCUGCAGGAGCAUCAUCCAGGUCUACCUCACCACUGGGGUCAUCACUGGGUUGGGUUUGGCACUCAACUUCCAGCCCUCACUCAUCAUGCUGAACCGCUACUUCAGCAAGCGGCGCCCCAUGGCUAACGGGCUGGCGGCGGCAGGCAGCCCCGUCUUCCUGUGUGCCCUGAGCCCGCUGGGGCAGCUGCUGCAGGACCAUUAUGGCUGGCGGGGCGGCUUCCUCAUCCUGGGCGGCCUGCUGCUCAACUGCUGUGUGUGUGCCGCACUCAUGAGGCCCCUGGUGGCUGUGGCCCAGCCAGAUGGGAACUCGGGGCUGCAGCGACCCUCCCGGCGCCUGCUAGACCUGAGCGUCUUCCGGGAUCGCGGCUUCGUGCUGUACGCGGUGGCUGCCUCGGUCAUGGUGCUGGGGCUCUUCGUGCCACCCGUGUUCGUGGUGAGCUACGCCAAGGACCUGGGUGUACCCGACACCAAGGCGGCCUUCCUACUCACCAUCCUGGGCUUCAUCGACAUCUUCGCGCGGCCGGCCGCGGGCUUUGUGGCGGGGCUUGGGAAGGUGCGGCCCUACUCCGUCUACCUCUUCAGUUUCUCCAUGUUCUUCAACGGUCUCGCGGACCUGGCGGGCUCCACAGCGGGUGACUACGGUGGCCUGGUGGUUUUCUGCAUCUUCUUUGGCAUUUCUUACGGCAUGGUGGGGGCCCUGCAGUUCGAGGUGCUCAUGGCCAUCGUGGGCACCCACAAGUUUUCCAGCGCCAUCGGCCUGGUGCUGCUGAUGGAGGCGGUGGCCGUUCUCAUCGGUCCCCCGUCUGGAGGUAAGCUCCUGGACGCGACCCACGUCUACAAGUAUGUGUUCCUCCUGGCGGGGGCCGAGGUGGUCACCUCCUCCCUGAUUUUGCUGCUGGGCAACUUCUUCUGCAUCAGGAAGAGGCCCAAGGAGCCACAGCCUGAGGCAGUGGCCACAGAGGAGGAGAAGCUCCACAAGCCCCCCACAGAUGCAGCAAUGGACUCUAGGGAAGUGGAACAUUUCCUGAAGGCUGAGCCUGAGAAAAACGGGGAGGUGGUUCACACCCCAGAAACCAGUGUCUGAGUGGCUGGGAGGGGCCGGCAAGCACAGUGAGGAGGUACAGAGGCUGGCAAUGCUUGCUAUUUAUUUUACAAACAGGACUGGCUCAGGCAGGGCCACGCUGGGCUCUGGCUGCCAGCUUAGCAGAUCGUCGCCUGAUCAGUGUUUUCCGGGGGGAGGUGGCAGGGCUGGAACCGUGUCAUUCCAGAGUGGAUCUGCAGUGAAGCCAAGCCUCCACAACAGGGGCCCCGCCUGCUGGUCCCAAACGGCCUGCGGCCACAGUUGUGCUCAAGGACCUAGAAAUCCAUGCCAAAAGAUGACAUGACUUUAAUCCAAGGGUGGGCUGUGGACAGGCUGGUGGGGCAGGUGCUGUGUGGGGACCUCUCCAGCCCAUUCUACCCUGGGUUCUCACGUGCGGCCUGUACCCACCCUUCAGUGUCUUGGGGAUAGCUUCUGCCACUCCUGGAAGGUGGAAAUAAACCUGCGUGUGAGUAGAGCGUCAGGGCAAA